AUGGAAAAACUUGUUCCUGGAAAAAGGCCCUUAGUUCCUCGCAACAUUUUGGUGGAGACUAUUCUUAAACAUAAACAUGAACUUGUUUUCAACAACGAGAUUGCGCGGGCAACAGCGGCUGUUUGGAAAGUGAUUGAAGCUGGUUUAGACAAUAAAAUUAAGGCGACAUCUCUUCACUCGAUGUGUGUGGGUAAUCGGUAUCAUUUGAAAAGUUUGCUCACAGACACAGCAACGCUGGAUGCUGAUCAGGAAUAUGAGGUAUCCCUAAACGAGUGUGAAUCGUCUGAAUCGAAUCGAAAUUCCAUGAGAAAUUCCCUCGGAAAUUCCUUCAACUUCAUUCUCUCUAUCAAGACAUCCAAAUUCGAAAGUCUCUUGACUGAAAGAGUAUAUGCGAGGAAAACCAUGAAAGGAAAGAUAGGAGAACGUCGAAUUACAAUAUUUCAACCAAGUAAAUGGACUGAAAUAGUAUCUAAAAAAAUUUAUGAUGAUUACCGACUCAAUCAUGGAUAUCAUUUUAAAAACCAUUAUUUGACCAGGCAGGCAGACUAUGGUGUUUUCAAAGGUUUAUGCAAAUGUGGAAGUACGGUCAUUUGCAAGGCAAAGGAAAAUGUGGAAAACGCCAACUACGAGGGAAUCUCAGGAAAAAAAAUAGCGAAAGACCUGCAAACCGAAUCAACGGUUAAAUGGAGACACAGAGUAGCCAGUGAAAUGAUGGAUAAGGGGAUUUCUGUGGAGCCACCGCAUUUGUAUAAUGCAGAUGUUUUGAGGGUUGCAAAACAUGAAUGCAUUCGAAUGCAGUAUCUGGACCAAGACCCAAUCAAGGCCAUUGCAAUUUUGAAAAAAAGUUCUGUUGGACAGAACGUGAUACGUGACAUCGGGUAUGACCCAUUCCAUGUCACGAUUGCAUCGGCACACCAAAUUCGUGUAUUCAACAAAAUGAAUAGAAUAUGCGAAACAAACUUGAGUAUCGAUGCAACUGGUGGGGUUGCGAAGAAAAUUGUUCAUGUUGAUGGACGUGUUUCAAAACACAUUUUUUUAUAUAAUGCAGAGUCACAUGACAUGGCAUCCAUAAGUAAAUGGUUAUUGGGAACAAUAAGAUGUGGAAUGGAAUUUCCUCGACAAGUGACUAUCGACGAAUCGAAAGCACUUGAAAACGCAUGUGCUUUGAUAUUCUCAGGGGAUUUCAAUAUAACAAAAUAUGCAAACAGGUGUUUCAAUACUGGUAAAACAGAUUUUCCCAAAACAUACAUAAGAACUGACGUGGCACAUUACAUCAAGAGUUGGGUAAAUUUCUUCAGUAAAGAAAGUAAAGAAAAAUGGAAAAAAAAAUUCUACUUGUGUGCUAUUGGCCAAUUGAUUCUUUGUCGUGACAGAGAUUCUGCCAAGUGCUUAAUUACUGCACUAUUGACAGUUUCCCUUUCUGAAAAAGCGGGUGUAGGUGCAACCUCUUUAAAUGAAUCUCUCCAUACAAUUAAGUCCCUUGUUCUUGGCAACACUUGUCAAGAAGAAGAAGUUGAGGAAAUAAUAAGCAAGACAAUUGAAGAUUCUGAAAAAGACAUCGAAGAGGCAACAGAAGAGGGAGAAGAUGAAGACGAACCUCAAAUGUCAAAUUUGGUCGCGAAUCAAUGGCAGCAGUGGGGCAAUGAUAUUAGGAAUGAGGUUGAAAGAAAAUUAGAGUACGAAAAUGGAGAUGAUUAUAAUCCCAGAUAUUUUCCCGCCUUUGCCGAACGUCUCAUGAAAAAAAUGGCAACAAUUCCUCUUUGGAGUUGCAUUUGCCGAGAUGAUUUUGGUUAUGGGCGAAUUCCUGCCAGUAGUGCUCCUGUAGAGGCAGAAUUCAAUAUUAUUAAAAAUCGAAUUCUCUGCAAGCGGAUAUUACGUGUAGAUGUCGCAGUAAGAACAUUUUUGGAAUACAUUGAUGGGAAAUUGAAAAUAUUCGAAGCUAAAUCAAAUCCUACGAACGAAAAUAUCAAUAUUGAAAUAAAAUCAACUAUGGAGUCACCUCGGCGACCAAAGAAAAUAGAUGUUUCAGAUGACGCCACACCAAAUUUCCCAGUUGUUUCUCUUAAUAGCACAACUGCUUAUGAGAUUGCACAAAAAUUCAAUAGUAGCAGAUCCAGAGAUAUUUUCAAAGAUGAACUUUCUCCAAUCAGUUCUACAAAAAAUGAUACGCAUUGUCCAAGUGGAAGCAUUGAAAAAGAAAAUUUUUCUGGUUCCAAAUGCGAAUCUUACGUACCAGAAGAAUCGAUUCGGAGAAGGAAACCACUUCAUGAUUUGUCCUCAGAAAUGAAUCAAGAAUUCGUUUGCGAAUAUUGUGAAAAAAAAUCGAAUAAUGAACAAGUUUGUGUAAUUUGUAAACGCAUAAUGUGUUCCGAAUGCACGGUAUCUCAAACAGAAGAGGAAGGUGAAAUGAAACUAUGCCUCGAAUGCUUCCAAAAUUCGAGAAAAGACGACCGCCUUGCAACUCAAAAAAUUGAUAAUUGGAAAGGAAAGGGCGGAUCGCCGAAAAUUUCCAAAAAAUCCCGAUAUCUGAAUAAAAACACAGCAGAGUUCCUAGACGCAAUGUCUUUCAAAAAAUACUGUAAAUUACCAUGUCUAAAAAAUGGAACAAUUUCAUCUUUACGCCUAAUCAAAAUUGGAAAUUCAGAAGUGUCACUCACAAACACCUGUGCGUUUGACAGCAUCACCCAAAUAUUAAUGGCGGCAAUGAGUGACAAUGACAAUAUAAAAAAAUUCAUGAAUAUCCAUAGAUAUCAAAAUAAUUUUUUUGAUCUUGUGUAUGACACUGUGGAACAUGGUAUAAGUCAAAAGACUUAUAAGAGAAGGGCUGAGAUAAUUUGUCACUUAUUUGGAGAAGAAAUAAAAGAUAAUACCACACAUGAAAUCAACUGCACAACAAGUGCGAGCUCUCUAGCUGCCAAAAUAUUUAAAACUCAUCCAAGUUUUAUAGAAAUUCGUCAAUGUGAAGAUGGGUGUUAUCGAAAAAUCGAGUACGCAACAUAUGGUUGGCAUGCGAGAUUACUGAAAGAAAAUUUACAGACCUUCAUAGAAACUAUCGCAACAAAGGAAAAAAGAUGUAAAAACAAUUGCGAAACAUAUCAAUCAGUUUCAUUGGAAAUGGGAGACAUCGUAUUGUUCGAAGUAUAUGGGCAGGAGGAUAAAAUACCCAUAGACUCAAUAAGCAAUUCGUUCAUCAAUAAAUCAAAUGAAACCUACCAUCUCAUGGGUGUCAUUCAUUAUGUUGGCCCGAAAAUGCUUACACGAACUCCAAUUCCAGGCCAUUAUAUUGCUUACUGCAAAAGGGGAACGUGCUGGAUGGUAUACGAUGACCUGAAGGAAAAAGCAGAAAGAUCUUCACAAAAUUUGAAAGUGUAUCCUGAAAUAUUGGUCUAUUGUAAAAUAUAA